CUCGAUACUGAGUCCCAAUAUCUCCAGCAAUCAUCAAACUCGACCUCCAUCCUCCUCCACCAUUAUUCAGACAACCCCUACCAUUUCUCAAAUCCUCAACUCAGUAUAGCAAGCCUCAAAAUGGUAGCACUCAAAUCAACAUACGACUUCAUCGUCGUAGGAGGAGGAACAGCAGGUAACGUUGUCGCUGGCCGCCUCGCCUCCAACCCAAAUGUAUCCAUCCUCAUCAUUGAAGCCGGCGCCGCCAACCCCCGCUCCAUUCCAGACAUCACCACCCCCGCCAAAGCCUUCUCCCUCCGCGGCUCCCAGUACGACUGGGCCUACAAAACCACGCUCGUCGACCGCCCAGACUACACACGCGUCGAGAAGCCCAACACGCGCGGCAAAGUCCUCGGCGGCUCUUCCUGUCUCAACUACUUCACCUGGGUGCCUGGCUCGGCGGCCACGUUCGAUGAUUGGAUGGCGUUCGGGGGCGAGACGUGGGGCUGGAAGGGAGUAGAGAAGCAUUUGAAGAAGCCGGCGAGGUAUUUCGAUGAGGAAGGGCUGUAUCCGGAGAGUCUGAAAACGACUCUUGCGAGUGAGGAGGGCGUGUUGCCGAUUUCGCACGCGGAACUACUUCCUGAGAUGGAGCCGUUUCGAGAUGCGCUCACGAAGGCUUGGGUUAGUAAGGGUGGGAAAUUGAGUGAAGAUAUCUAUUCCGGGGAGAUGCAUGGCUUGGUGAAGUGUAUUAAUACCAUACACAAGGGCUUGAGAUCUUCGUCGUAUGUCUUUGUCGAGAAUAAGCCGAACAUCACGAUCCUGUCGAGUACUCAUUCCAAGAACCUGGUCUUUGACGGAUUGACCUGUACGGGUGUCACUGUCAUCGGGCCAGACGGCGAGGAGUUGACAUUUACGGCUAGCAAGGAAGUCAUCGUCUCGUCGGGUGUAUACGAGUCUCCCAAGCUUCUCAUGCUCUCCGGUCUUGGACCAGAUGAGGUUCUGAAGCCUCUGGGCAUUCAAACCGUUCUGUCACAUCCGCAUGUCGGCAAGAAUCUUCUCGAUCAUCCUAUCCUGGCACACGUAUUCAAGCUCAAAGAUGGCUUGGGAUUGGAAGAUCACCUCCUCCGCGCAGGCCCAGCAAUGACCGGUGCCGUGGAGGCUUAUCGAAAGGAUAGGACUGGACCUCUCGGCAGCGGUCUUUUGGAACUCGUCGGCUUUCCGCGUAUUGACGAACGUUUGAACAAGAGUAGGGCAUAUCGUGAAGCCAAAGCUGCAAAUGGCGGGCUUGAUCCGUUCGGACCAGGUGGACAGCCACACUUUGAAAUCGAUUUCGUCCCCAUGUUCUCCGACGCCUUCCAAUGGCACAUCCCAACCCCCGCCACCGGCAACUGGCUCACCAUCAUCGUCGACCUCCUCCGACCAGUCUCCAAGCCCGGCCAGGUAAAGCUCAACUCCACCAACCCUCUCGAGCAGCCGAACAUCAACCUGAACUUCCUUGCCGACGACCUCGACAUCAUGGCUCUGCGUGAGGGCGUCCGUUUCGUGGAUGAUAUCCUGAUGAAUGGUGAGGGCAUGAAGGAUGUUAUUGGUGAGGAUUAUCCGUGGCCCAUGCCGAGACAUUCGGAUGCGGCGAUGGAUAAGAUGAUCUUGGAGAGACAUCAGACUGGGUUCCAUCCAUGCGGGACAGCUCGUCUUUCAAAAAACAUAGACGAAGGCGUCGUAGACACAAACCUCAAGGUCCACCGUAUCGGAAACUUGAGAGUAAUCGAUGCUUCGGUCUUCCCUGUCAUCCCAGAUUGCAGAAUCCAGAAUGCUGUGUAUAUGGUUGCUGAGAAGGGUGCCGACAUGAUCAAGGCCGACUAUCCAGGGCUGUACUGAGAAAUGGGUUUAUGGCAGUGGGCAAAAUAAUCGUCUGAAACAAGGGUAUUAGAUAGCGAAGAACGUAACAUAGAGUUGUAGGAUGUGAAACAAUUUUUUGGGUAUUCGAAAAUUCAUAGAACAGCGUUUUUCCGCUUU